CGUGUAUAUUGAGAAAUCAAAAAUUUGAAAGCUGUCUAAUAUUUGCCCUAUGUUUCUCAUGUGUGGUGUUUACUCUCACAGAGGAAUUGUGGUUUUAAAAGAUCGACUUUUUCUUCAGGGGUUUGGGCUUGUAAGUUAGUGUUUGCAAGCCUCCAAAACUGAUAGCUGAGAAAGCAUCAUGGCACCAAACCCCAGAGUUGUGCAGGCCUUCCGCUCGAUGAAGGAAAUAGGAAUUACCGAAGAAAAAGUGAAACCAGUGUUAAAGAAACUUCUAAAGGUGUAUGAUAAAAAUUGGGAGCUAAUUGCAGCAGAAAAUUACAGAGUUCUUGCUGAUGCUAUCUUUGAAGAGGAGGACAGUAAGGUGUCAGAACCUAAAAAAGGCCGGAAAUGCGACGAGGAGGAAGAUACUGUGGAAGAAGGUGCAGUGCCUGAUGAGCUUGUACGCCCCUUGAAAAGAAUACGUUUGAAAAACCAAGAAUGUUUGGCAUCAUCUUCUCAUAACAAUGGCAGCACUGAUGUGGCUGGGACCCUUUUAAAAAAGCCUAAAGUUGAGGAGGAUGAACUACCUCCUGCUUCUUUGCAGCAGCAGUCACUUCAGUGCAAUGUUGGAAAUAUGACAGAAUGCCUUCCUGCUUCACCUGGUCGUGUUUUACUGCAGCCUACGGCUCCUGGUCCUGUUUCACCCCAUCAGGGUGGUAGGAAUAAAGGCAAGCAACCUGUAGCUCCUAUGCCUUUGGCAGUACUGGAAGGAUAUGAUCAAAAUUUACAUUCAACUCAAAUGCAUGUUAGCUACAAAGGAAAGGAACCUAUGUCACCUCAUGUUGCUUCCAAUGAGAAAGGCCCUGAGAGAGUAUCUCUUGCCUUGUGCAUUAAAGAUCCAGCACCUUGUUCUGGUGUUAUUACUAAGAAAAGGGUGCCUGAUAUUCAUGCACUGAUCAUACCCAAGGAAGAGCCAUUUACUGAUGACAUGCAACAGGAUGAGGUUCCUAUUGCAGUUAUUCAUCCAGAUUCAUUAAGCAGAAGAGAUUCGCCAAUUGGGCAUGUUUCAACUGGAAAAUCAAAUUGGCAGGAACAUCCAGAAUCUCUGUUUGCAGAUGAAAAUGUAGGUGCUGGUGCUUCAGCUUCAAUGAGUGAGAGGCACAUCAACUGCGAGCUUGCUACUGUUCCUGAUGAAAUUCCUUCUAGCCUGGAAAUUGCCUCAUCACCAUUGGGAGAGGUGAAGAUUUCUCUAAGCUACAAUUCUGCUCUUGGAAGAUCGAAUUUCCAAUUGCCUAGUAUAGAUGAACUAAGAGAACUGAUGGAGCAGAGAUGUCUCCAAUCAUAUAAACUCAUUGACCCAAAUUUUGAUGUCAUCAAAAUUCUGAAUGAUAUGUGUGAGUGCGUCUCGGAAUUGGCAACUAAUUCCUCGAAUCAAUCGCAGGAAGGUAAUGUGAUGCCAGGUCUUGAUCUUUUGAAGAAAUCUCCUGCAAGGGAUGCUCUUGAUGCUGAGAGCAGUAAGGAAAAUGGUUGCUUACCAGCCAAGAUGUUAAAUGGAACAGUCGAUGUUCAGUGCUCUGCAAAUGGAUGUGUUGACAAUGUGGAGGGGAAGGAAUUGGUGGUUGUUCAGCAGCAUCAACUUACACCUAAUGAAUUAAGGUGGCUUCAUGAUGCAAGUGACAUAACCAAGGGAGAAGAAAAAGUUGAAAUUUCAUGGGUAAAUGAAAUUAAUAAAGAUUUUCCACCACCAUUUCACUAUAUAUCAGAGAAUCUGGUAUUUCAAAAUGCCUAUGUUAAAUUCUCUCUUUCUCUGAUUGGAAAUGAAAGUUGUUGUCCGACAUGUUUUGGGGAUUGUCUCUUGUCUGAGCAGCCUUGUGCAUGUGCUUGUCAAGCUGUGGGAAAUUUUGUGUAUACUUCUGCAGGUGUUGUCAGGGAGGACUUCUUGGAAGAGUGUAUCUCUAUGACUCGUGAUCCUCAACGACAAUGUUUCCUUAAUUGUACAGAGUGCCCCCUUGAGAGAUCAAAGAAAGAUGACUUUCCAGAACCUUGUAAGGGUCACUUAAAGAGAAAAGUUAUCAAAGAAUGUUGGAGCAAAUGUGGCUGCAAUAAGCAGUGUGGCAAUCGGGUGGUGCAGAGAGGUGUAAAUUACAAAUUGCAGGUGUUCUUGACACCUGAUGGAAAAGGUUGGGGCCUCAGAACUCUAGAGAAGCUUCCCAAAGGAGCUUUCAUUUGUGAGUUUGUUGGUGAAAUACUCACCAUCUCUGAGUUGUAUGCAAGGAACACAGAGAAACAUACAUGUCCAAUCCUGCUGGAUGCUAAUUGGGGGUUGAAGGGAGUUUCCAAGGAUGAAGAAGCCCUCUGUUUGGAUGCCACAUGUUAUGGAAAUGUCGCUAGGUUCGUCAAUCAUAGAUGCUUAGAUGCGAACUUAAUUGAAAUUCCUGUUGAAGUGGAGACUCCAGAUCUUCAUUACUAUCAUCUAGCCUUCUUCACAACAAGAGAAAUUGAUGCCCUUGAAGAGCUGACUUGGGAUUAUGGUAUUGACUUUGAUGACCUUGAUCAUCCUGUUAAGGCAUUCCGGUGCAGAUGUGGCAGUAAGUUUUGCAGGAACAUGAAACGUUCAACCAGUAAGUAAUUGUCAUGUAGAAUUUGUAGACAACACUUUCAUUUCUUCUCAUGGUGAAUGACAAUGUGCCUUUGUUUGCACUGUUGUCUGUUUGAGUUUAUUAGUAUAUAACAUGUGAAGUCUUCUUAUAUUCUGUUAAAUUAUCUAGGUUGAAAUAUGAUGCUCUCCUAGCUGUAAGAGUGGAAAGUUGAAGUCAUUGUUACAGAAGUGAAGUUAUGUGACAGCCACAUUUUGCCCAUUUUUUUUUUAAAGAGCCAAAUAUAUAUUGAUGUGAGCCCAAUUGGCCUCAUAAAAGUCUAAUUAUUUGAAAGUAAACUUUUUGACGAGUUAAACUGAUACGGUCCCUUGAAACGGGUCGAGUUAUGGGAUGGUGUGUGGAAGGGUUUGGUUUAGUUUGAGGUACCCUGGGUACUUGGGUGGAAGGUUUCUUUUUUCGACCUAUGGUCGUAGUGCUGGCUCGUUAGAGAGAACCUGCAGAUCUCUUGAGUUUUAAGUAUUCAAAAACUUGAAUAGAUACUGAACAACCCUCUUUUAUUAACUUCACUCCUUUUUUAACUACAGCUUGGUGGAAUAACCACCCUUAAAUCAAGAAAGUGGAAAGGUGGAGACACAACCUCCAACAACAUGAAAUGGAAAACUACCACUAACAAUAAAAUAGGGUGGAGACUCAACCUCUAACAACAUGAAAUGGAAAACUACCACUAACAAUAAAAAUAGGAAUCACAAUGAAACUGUUAACAAUAAACUGUUAGCAACCAAUCAGAUAUGUUGAUUUAGUUUAUACUUAUCAUGUGUGAAUCGCUUGUAAACUAAGGGAUUUACUGAUGUGCUAACAUUACUCCCUUCAAAUCACGCUU